AUGGAAAGAGAAAGAUCGAUUCUGGAAGCUAGUAAGCCGAAUGAACCAGAACCAAUUAUCACGACAACUAGUACAACGACUAGAAGUACUACUAGAAGUAUUUCACCCGUAUAUACACCACAACAAGAAUGGAACAAAGAUAAAAUCCAGCUCAAGGAUGAGUAUCCAGAAGUUGGAUGCACUAGUCAAAACAUACAACUUGCCGCUAGGAUUGAAAUACUUCCAAGCUUUCCUGAAAACGACGGAUUCACAACCAACGAUAUCAACUUACUACACCUUCGUCGAGUGGAAUCAGAAGCAAAGUACACUGACUUGGAGCAAGAGGACCCCACACAACCUUUUUCAGAAGGAGACUUGUUUAUUAGGCAGGAAUUAUACUCUUAUUAUUACAAAGGACUAAGAUCGGAUGUGGCAGAAAGAAUACUGGCUUUACCACCUAGGAAACAAUGUUUGAAAGCUGUGGCCGUACAAGCCAAACAAGCAGAAAGCAUAGCCCGAUUAAGAAGAAUAGAAGAAGAGCGACCAUGGGGGAGAAGAUCACAGGUAGCAGCUUUGAUGGCCGACAACGGAAAGGAUGAUUCAAAAAACAUGACAAGAUGCUACAAUUGUGACAAGCCAGGACAUUAA